AUGGAAACUCCAGAAUCGCCGACCUUCAUAGAGGACAUCAAGCUCUUCGUCAAGGCAGGGAAUCUUCCCAAGCUUAUAGAUCACAACUUACCAUCGGACCUGCUUUCGAGCUUCUCAAUCCCACAGCUCGACUUGUCUGAUCUGACGCCUGCAAAGGACCAAAGUCCGCCUUUCGCAACGGCAAGCCCAAAGAAUACCCCAUUAAAACAACAGACUACAGAAGAAAAAGCAUAG